CAGGGAGGUGUUUGUUUGCUUGUAGACCCUGUACAGCCUGGUCCUCUCCCACGUCUGGGAGGGGCCAGAGUUGGAGACAACAGCUGGGCUGGUCUGCAAGAGAGAGGUCAUCUGACUGGCUGCUCAGCCUAGGCUGUCCACUCCUCCUCUUUUCUGCCCGGCUACUCCGGAGCUGAUGCCUUCACAGUCAAGACGCCGAGCCAUAACACCCAUCUUAUUUUCAGCACCUUUCCGGGAAGCCAGCUGCACCAUGUCUGUGAGCUGUGGACCACUGGGAACAUCUCUGACUCAGGAGAUCCUCAGCUCCCUGGGUCUUGCUGACAAGACCACAGCCUGGGGGACCCUGGGGACCCUCAGGACGUUCUUGAGCUUCAGUGCGGACAAGGAUGUACAAAGACUGCUGAAGGCUAUUGCAGGCCAAGGUGUGGACUAUGAUACCAUUGUGGAUGUACUGACCAAUCGGAGCAGAGAGCAAAGACAGCUCAUUUCUCGAGCCUUUCAAGAGCGCACCAAACAGGAUCUAUUGAAGUCCUUGCAGGCAGCGCUCUCUGGCAACCUUGAGAAAAUCGUGGUGGCUCUCCUUCAGCCUGCAGCCCAAUUUGAUGCCCAGGAACUGAGGACAGCCUUGAAGACCUCUGGUUCUGCUGAGGAUGUGGCCUUGGAAAUCCUGGCCACCCGAGCAGCGCCCCGACUGCAGGCGUGCCUGGCAGUGUAUAAGCACGACUUCCAGGUGGAGGCUGAGGAAGAUAUCAGGACCGAGACCAAUGGUAUCCUGCAGGACCUGCUUCUGGCCCUGAGCAAGGGGGACCGUGAGAGCUAUUCUGGAAUCAUUGAUUACAACUUGGAAGAACAAGAUGUCCAGGCACUUCAGCAGGCUGGAGAAUCCGGUACAGCAGGGCAAUGGGUCCUGCUCCUUACACAACGCAGUCCUGAACACCUCAUCCGAGUGUUUGAUCAGUACCGGAGAUGCACUGGCCAGGAACUGGAGGAUGCUAUCCGGAACUGUUUCCAUGGAGAUGCCCAGCUGGCUCUGAUCAGCCUAGCUUCCAUGUUGAGAAACACAGCGCUGUACUUUGCUAACAAACUCCACCAAGCCCUUCAGGAAACUGAGCCUAAUUUCCAAGUGCUGAUGCGAGUCCUUAUCUCCCGAAGCGAGAGUGACCUUCUAAGCAUUCGGGCUGAGUUCAAGAAGAAAUUUGGGAAGUCUCUCUAUUCUUCUCUCCAGGAUGCAGUCAGAGGGGAUUGUCGUUCAGCACUACUGGCCCUGUGUAGAGCUGAAGAUAUCUGAGACCUUUCUGACCCACCCUGACGAGACAGUCGAAACCUCUGAGAUUCCCAUAUUUGGUUGAACCCCAAGGAACACCAUGCACCCUGGCCUCCUCUUGAGGCUGGACCUCUGAGUUUCUUUGGAUUUCCCUCUUCGCAGACUGGCAUCUUCCAGCUCCAUUCUAGAGAGGAGUAAUGGGUGUUCUCUGACAGUCUCUGCCCUGCUCAAUCCCUCCUAAGGCCAGAACAUCUCCCUGGGAGUCAAAUGUUUUGGCAGUUCACCUGUCUUUUUGUUUCCUGGUUAAAGUCUGGGUGGAGGAGGCCAUGGAGUUAAGGUGCCUUUGAAGUAUGCUCAGCCAUUUAACAGGAACCCUGUUUUUACCCCAGUACUGCACUUAACAGUUACCAACACACCCCACUCCUGGGUCUCCUCCCCAGGAAAUCUCAGGUAAUUAAGAACAGUAAAAAGAAAGAGCGAAGAGGCAGCAUUCGGGCUCCCUCUGCUGGCUCUGUGAGAAAUGACAGGCAACCUGCCGCCUCCCUGGCUCCUCCCCUGUUCACAUUCCUCAACCAGGUCAAAUAUUUAACUCCACGGCUCCAGGGUAGGAAAGCAAAUCUCAGGAAAGAAGUUUUAUUUCCAAACCUCUAGGAAGGCAUUAAAAAUAAUAAAGAUAGAAACUCAAACCAAA